AUGCAGCGCCCAAUGUACCCCGCCAAAACCCCUCCACUGCACCAUCCAGUGCCCCAGAAACCCGUACAGGUACCUGUGAUGCACUCUCCGCCGCCGCCGCCCUCAUCCUCAAACUCCUACAACUCCCCAUAUGACAACCCCAGUUACUCUCAACCAAGUACCCGCGGCAUCCCCGGAGGAAAUCUACAUCCCCAGUCCGCUGCCUACCCAUCAUGGGCGCCGCAAAACACGAACGGGAACUUCUUCUCCGACCCAGCAGCGCAGAUGGGGUUCUCUGUCGCGAAUGCUGCAAUGUCCCGCGGGACCGAUAUGGCUGAGAAAAACUUGAAUCGCUACAUCUCGGCUCUGAAACCCUACUUUGCAGUAACAAAUACUUACGUUCUUCGUAAGCUGCGAAUCCUCCUAUUCCCCUUCUCGCAUACCCCCUGGUUUCGAACCUCUACCACACGGCCCUCCACCACUCCCGGGGGUCCGCUAGAGUACUCAUAUCUCCCGCCAAGCGAAGACGUCAAUGCGCCAGAUCACUACAUUCCGCUCAUGUCGUUCGUGACGUAUAUUCUCUUUAACAGCCUUCUCACGGGAAUCUCAGGGAACUUCCACCCUGAACAACUCGCACAGACUGCCACCACAGCGUUUGUGAUCGUGUUUUUUGAGCUCGCGGUACUGAAGAUGGGGAGCUACCUUUUGAACAUCAACGGUGGUGAGGGGCAGUUUUUGGACUUGUUGGGGUACAGCGGGUAUAAGUUCUUUGGCGCAAUCCUUAUGAUCCUCAUUGGGGAGGUGACGGGGAUGAAUAGCUGGAUCGCGUGGGCUGUGUUUAUGUACUUCUUUGCGGCGAACGCUUUUUUCCUUUUACGGAGCCUGAAAUAUGUGCUACUGCCGUCCGAAAACGGACAAGAUGGGCGAGAUGUGUAUACCAAUAGCUCUUCGGCCGGUGUGCCCAGGGGACAGAGAAGGAAGAGGAGGACCUGGUUUUUGUUUUUUUAUAGUUAUGUAGUGCAGUUUAUCUCGGCGCUGAUUCUGACUAGUAAUGUGGGGAAGGGCUCAAGCACUAAGUAG